AUGGCCGCCGCCGCCGCCUCUCGCGCCGCCCGACGAGUCCUCUCCCCCCGUCUUCUCACCGCCUCGCGCCAUCUCCACGCAAGUGCCUCAGAGGGAUCGGCGAGGGAGGCGUCCACGAGCUUCAUCCACCCCGCGGCCAUCAUCCACCCCGACGCCGCCAUCGGCCAGGGCGUCUCAAUCGGCCCAUUUUGCACCGUGGGGGCUUCAGCGAGGAUUGGUGAUGCUUGUCAGUUACACACCGGGAGCCAUGUCAUGGGACAUACCGAGCUAGGAGAGGGAUGCGUUGUUCUCAAUGGUGCUAUCCUUGGUGCAGAUCUCCCUGGGCGAACAAUUAUUGGGGAAAACAAUGUGAUAGGGAACUAUGCUGUGGUUGGUGUUAAGUGCCAAGAUCUCAAAUAUAAGUCAGGUGAGGAAUGCUUUCUGCACAUCGGUAACAACAACGAGAUCAGAGAGUACUGCUCUAUUCACCGUUCUUCUAAAGCGUGUGACUGCACGGUUAUUGGUGACAGCAAUCUUAUAAUGGGGUCCUGCCAUAUAGCACAUGAUUGCAAGAUUGGUAACAAUAACAUCUUUGCCAAUAAUACUCUAUUCGGUGGCCAUGUUGUUGUUGAAGACUACACUCAUACUGCUGGGGCUGUUGUUGUCCAUCAAUUUUGUCAUAUUGGGUCAUUCUCAUUUCUAGGCGGAGGCUCUGUGGUUGCACAAGAUGUUCCUAGAUACAUGAUGGUUGCAGGUGAUAGAGCAGAGCUUCGUGGUCUGAAUCUUGAAGGUCUUAGGCGCAACGGUUUCUCAGACCAAGAGGUACGAAGUCUGAGGAAAGCUUAUCGGAAAGUAUUCAUGCCAGCUAGUAGUUGCCAGAGUAAUUUUGAAGACCGACUCGCUGAACUGGGACGGGAAAUUGAGCUAUUAGAAUCUCCCUCUGUAUCCUGUAUGGUGGAAUCUAUUCGCACAUCAUUUGAGCAAGGACGUCGUGGAAUAUGCAAGUUCAGAAGUUGGAACAUCUCAUAAGCAUGUAAGUUAUCAAGUUCAAUUGGCACUGGAUGAUUUGCAAGAUGAUAUGUCGGGAAUAUUGAUAUCCUAAGUGCUAAUAUUAUUUAUAGCACCCAUAAAAGGGAUAUUCCAGCUCCCUAUUCAAUAGAGACCUUUCUAGG